AUGAGAACACACUCCCCCGCAUUUGUUGCGUUGGCACUUCUCUUGCUGGCGCACAUCGCUCAUCCGAUGGAGAGCCUCGAUGACUUCGAAGUCCCCGUGGAAGUAACUACACUACAUGCUAAGAAGGAUAUGGCGGGUCCUGUUAAUCUGCAGCGCAUCGAGGGCAGAACUCGGCUAAAGAGCCUACUUACGUUUGAGGGAGACAACCGGACAGGCAAAAUGAUUGAGAACUACUGCUGUUUUUGGAUAUACCAGGCUCAUCCGCCCAUCCCGCACACCUGGAAGCAUAUGGCCGAGUAUCCCUUCGACUUUCAGUUCAAUGGAGAGUUUGUGCGGAACCAGCGACACAAUGCAGUUGAAGUACCUGCCGCCGAGGAUGGCGAUAAAGGCAUUUGAUGUCAAACAAAAGAUAGAUACUUGUAUAUGUUUCACUGAACAAUGCAACUCUCCCCUGAAGUGAUGUCCAUUCAAUCUGAUAGAGGUGAUUAUUUUCCUCCAGCUUCGUCGCAUAUUUAUGGUAAUUUAUAUUAAAUUGAUUUACUGAG